CACCACUAGUACUGAUAGAAAACAGUGUCACUAGUUUUUGGUUACAUAAAAUAAAGUUGACAGUGUGAUUGAAAUUACUGAACUUCCUAUGUUUCAAUUUGAAGUUUACAAUAAUAUCACUGAAAAAACAGUUGUUUUAGAUCCUGUAUAUCACAAAACAUCUAAUGGACAAGAAUCUGUUGAAGGUUUUAAAAAUAAUCUGCUAGAAGAAGUUGCUGAAGAGCUGAAAAAUUGUCAAGAAAAUUGCGGUGAACGAGGUCAAACUGAAAAAGACUGGUCGAAAAUAACAGAGAGGCGUGGAGCAGGACCCAUUCUCCGCGAGAACUCUUUAAAGCUCAUAGAGAACUCCACAAUGUUUGUCUUUCAAUGGAACAAGAGCAGAUACACUUGCUUCUGCUGCAAAGAGCCUUUUAUAUACAUCAGCUCAUUGAGAGACCACAUGUUAGAACAUAGCUUGCAAACUAUCGAAAAGAAAAUUAUAAAUCAGCGGAACAAGCUACUUAAAGUAGAGAUUUCGUUGUUAAAAUGCAAGAUGUGUGAUAAACAGAUAACCAGUCUCGAGGAAUUACGGCAGCACCUACAGAAUAUCCACGAAAUAAAAGUGGGAGAUGGUCAGGAUCUGUUAGUGGCCUACAAAAUACAAUCGGAAGGAUUGCAGUGUCAAAUGUGUGCGGAGACUUUUAGUAAUUUCAGACUAUUAAGCAUACACGUAAACCGUCAUUACAAGAAUCAUAUUUGCGACGUUUGCGGCACCAGUUUUGCCAACUUAGUCUUUUUGAACUUGCAUAAGACGCGGUCUCACAAAACAAUCCGAUGUGAGGAAUGCAAUUUAAACUUUCCAAGUCGUUCCGAGAAGAGACACCAUGAUACAAUCGAGCAUGACGUGAAGUUUGUGCGGAAGCAGCGGUUUCCGUGUCCUUAUUGCCACGAACGGUUCUUCCAAGAGAACUUCAAGGUGCAGCAUUUGGUUGAGAAGCACGGAUUGGUUCGGCCCGAGCACAAAUGUCCGUUGUGUUUCAAGGAGUUCAUAACGCGGAGUUUGCUGAACAAUCACGUUAAAAAUGUGCAUAAGAAAGAGAGGAAGCACGAAUGCGAUGUAUGCCACAACGCUUUUUACACUAAAUCGGAUGUACUGAGACACAGGGUAACUCAUACGGGUGAGAAAAAGUUCUCUUGCUCUCUUUGCCACAGUGCUUUCGCUACAAAGGAUUCUUUGCGCAGGCAUAUGAAAAGAAACGCUUGUAGAUCAUAAGUCUACAGCGUUCAGAUGGGUGUAUCCGAUUCUAAAGUAUUGCCAGCUUAAGCUGGCAAUACCUUAGAAUCUGUCUGUCAGUAUGGAUCUGGUUAACCAUUACGACGCAAUGCAAAAACGCAUGACGCAAGAGUUUGGCGGUUGAGCGCGCUAUCGUCGAGAACUACUGAUUCGAAUUGGAAAAUCUUUGUGAGUUGUAUAGUCCAUAUAUCGAGGAAGGCUAUAAGGCUUCAUAACCUCACACUACGAUCAAUAGGAGCGGAUCAUCAAUGAAAAAUGUUUCAAAAAAGGGUACAAAUUAAUUAUUGAGAACCUACGAUGUGUGCGAUGCAUAAAUGGCCAAAGGUCAAAAUAAGGUAUGACGGAAUUAUACCCCUUUAAAAGUCCGCAGUCCGUACCAUCCGUCCGUGAUUUAUACGCCGAAGUCGUAAGGGACAAAUUGUAUACGUUCUUUUGUUAUACUUUUCUUUAUGUACUUUUUGUGGUGUGCAAUAAAAGUAUAUUCAUUCAUUCAUUCAUUGAUUGUAAAGAAUAAAAACUUGACAUGUAAUGUUGGAUAUUAGUUCAACUGUCCUUUUUUUACUCACAAUAGCGAUAAAUUAGUUUGAGUAACUUGGGAGUCCAGCUUAUUAACUGUCGUGUAAUUUUUUUUUUUCAAAACAGCCAUGCCUCAAACCUGUAGUAAUCAAUAAUUUAGCAAACGUUACCCGUAAUAUGAGACGAAAAGUCAUGUAGGUUCAGGAUUCAUUCAGCCAGAGAUUUUAGGUAGGCAAGCUUUUUCGAAAGAAAAAGAAAAUGGCGGUAAGCCAAGGUAUUUAUAUUUAUAUUGUUUCUUGUUUUUUUUUUAACUCGUGUAGAAUGAAAACGCACCUUUGAAUGAAAACUGAAA